AUGGACGGAUCCGUAGAUGCGUCUUCCGUACCUUCAAACUCCAGCUUCGGACAAGAUGACGAUCCCGUCAAGCUUUUCCUAUGUUGGUCAUCAACUUGUGUCCCCAACCCAUCCACCAAAUACCCCCUCCUAGCUCCUAUCGACCACCCAGACAUCUGUCCCCUAGGAUCAAAGGAGCGCUGGGAAUUACGUGCUCGCGGGUUGGGUUGUAACGUUAGCACUCGCAACUUUCUAUCCGUCAUCGUGGCUGUUGCGAGCUCCUUGGCUUUGAUAGGCCUGAUUGCAUUGAUUUUCGCCAGCUUGAAGAAGAUGAUCCGCUGGUGUACGACAAAGAAGUUACAGAGGGCAGGGAGAGGCCGCCUGGGGAUUAUAUUUUUUAGAGACUGGGAUGAUGACAGGGCUCAUAGCUCUACUGGAAGACGACGAGGACGGAGAACUGCUCACGGUGCACCACUACUUAAUGAGACGAGUCCUUUGCUAAGGAGAGAUGAUCAGGAACUAGACGUUUGA